AUGGUGAAUAAUCUCAACUAUAUACAAAAUCAACAAUUAGAGAGAUUACACGCAAGAUAUACAGGAACAGGACAUCCAGAUAUCUCCAAACAUGAAUGGGUGACGAACCAACAGAGAGACACGCUAUCAUCUAUAGUAGGACACCCAACGUUGUCUAGCUACAUGUCAAUUGCAGAUGGUCAAUCAAUCUCACGCACAAAAUUCAAUAUGAUAGAAGCUAUGAUAUCUCCUGCUGGACCACCACCAGAGAAGGAGGAUUAAAUAUUUUUUUAUUUAUUUGUACUUUUACCAAAAAUAGUUAAAUUUUCU